UCGGCCUACGCCGUGCGGGGCAAUAAGUGGAAUCGCUCCGGCUAGGUCCUGGUGAGACGCCAUGUGGCGCUGCGGUGGGCAGUGUCCGCAAGUCCUGCGGCUGCUAAGAGACCGAACCUUGUCUGCUCUGAGUGAAGUUCAGCUCUGCUGGCCCAGUUGUUGGAGUGCCCUUGGAGUCUGUGUGAGGCAGUAGGAAUGUUACUCACACAUGGAGUCUGGUUAUUGGUCCUGUGGCCUGGUCCUCUCGUAUGCUUUCAGUAUGUAGCAGCACUAAGGCAAAAGCCUGGAGGUGGAAGAGCACCACAGCCACUGACAGGGCGCUGAAGCAUGAGGUUGGGCAGAAGAUCCAUGGCUUCACCAUCAGCCAGGUAACAUCUGUCCCGGAACUGUCCCUAACUGCAGUGAAGCUUAGCCAUGAUGGCACAGGAGCAAGAUACUUACAUCUGGCCAGAGAAGACACAAAUAACCUGUUCAGUGUGCAGUUUCGCACCACUCCUAGGGACAGCACUGGUGUCCCACACAUCCUGGAGCACACGGUCCUGUGCGGCUCUCAGAAAUACCCAUGUAGAGAUCCUUUCUUCAAAAUGUUAAACAGGUCGCUGUCAACAUUUAUGAACGCCUUCACAGCUAGUGAUUAUACUCUGUACCCGUUUUCCACACAAAAUCCCAAGGACUUCCAGAAUCUCCUGUCCGUGUAUUUGGAUGCAGCCUUUUUUCCAUGCCUGCGAGAACUAGAUUUCUGGCAGGAAGGAUGGCGGCUGGAACAUGAGACUCCGAGUGACCCCCAGACACCCUUGAUCUUUAAAGGAGUUGUCUUUAAUGAGAUGAAAGGAGUAUUUGCAGAUAAUGAGAGAAUAUUCUCACAGCACCUCCAGAACCGACUGUUUCCUGAGCACACAUACUCUGUGGUCUCUGGUGGCGAUCCAUUGUGCAUCCCUGACCUCACAUGGGAGCAGCUGAAACAGUUCCACACCAUGCACUACCACCCCAGCAAUGCCCGGUUCUUCACUUAUGGUAAUUUUCCGUUAGAACAGCAUCUGAAACAGAUUCACGAAGAAGCACUGAGUAAAUUUCAGAAAAUUGAGCCAAGUACUACAGUGCCAUCUCAGAAGCCUUGGGAUAAGCCAAGGGAAUUCCAGAUAACGUGUGGCCCGGAUUCAUUGGCCUCGGGUUCCCCCAAACAAGUCACUGUUGGAGUCAGCUUCCUCUUACCAGACAUCACAGAUAUAUUUGAAGCCUUCACGUUAAACCUUCUGUCUUCACUCUUGAUUGGCGGGCCCAACUCCCCCUUCUACAAAGCUUUAAUUGAAUCUGGACUCGGCACAGACUUUUCUCCCGAUGUUGGAUAUAAUGGCUAUACGAGGGAGGCCUUCUUCAGCGUUGGCCUGCAAGGGAUUGUGGAAGAAGACAUUCAGACCGUGUGCGACAUAAUCGACAGGACAGUCGAUGCCGUGAUCCAGAAAGGGUUUGAAGAUGAUCGGAUCGAGGCUUUACUUCAUAAAAUUGAACUACAGAUGAAGCAUCAGUCUGUCAGCUUUGGACUCACCCUGAUGUCUUAUAUAGCUUCCUGCUGGAAUCAUGAUGGAGACCCUGUGGAACUCCUGAAGCUGGGAAAUCAGGUGGCUCAAUUCAGGCAGUGCCUCAAGGAAAACCCAAAGUUUUUGCAAGAAAAAGUAAAGCAGUAUUUUAAGAAGAAUCAGCAUAAAUUGACUUUAUCAAUGAAGCCAGAUGACAAGUAUUCUGAAAAACAAACACAAAUGGAAACAGAAAAACUGAAGCAGAAGGUCAGCUGUCUUUCCCCAAAGGACAAGAAGCAGAUCUAUGAAAAAGGUUUGGAAUUACUGACUCAGCAAAGCAAAUCUCAGGAUGCCUCUUGUCUGCCCACACUGAAGGUGUCAGAUAUCGAGCCCACCCUCCCGGUCACAGAAUUGGCAGUGGCCCUGACAGCUGCAGACGUGCCGGUUCUGUACUGUGCCCAGCCCACCAACGGCGUGGUGUACUUCCGUGCCUUCGCGGGCCUCCACACCCUCCCUGAGGAGCUCCAGCCCUACGUGCCGCUCUUCUGCAGCGUCCUCACCAAGCUGGGCUGCGGUGCUCUGGACUACAGGGAGCAAGCCCAGCAGGUAGAGCUGAAGACCGGAGGGAUGACGGCCUCCCCCCAUGUGCUCCCUGACCACACCCACCUGGACACCUAUGAGCAGGGUGUGCUUUUUUCAUCUUUUUGCCUUGAUAGAAACUUACCAGACAUGAUGCACCUGUGGAGUGAAAUAUUUAACAACCCACACCUUGAAGAGGAAGAACACUUCAGAGUGUUAGUGAAGAUGACUGCUCAGGAGCUGUCCAACGGAGUCCCCGACUCGGGACAUCUCUACGCAUCCAUCAGAGCCAGUAGGACCCUGACCCCCGCAGGGGACCUACAGGAGACCUUCAGUGGGAUAGAUCAGGUGAGGUUGAUGAAGAGGGUUGCAGAGAUGGCAGACAUCAAACCUGUCCUGAGAAAGCUCCCACGCAUCAAGAAACAUUUACUAAACUGUGAUAAUAUGAGAUGUUCAGUGAAUGCUACCCCUCAGCAGAUGUCUCAGGCAGAAAAAGCGGUGGAGAAGUUCAUUAGAAGCCUUGGUCGGAGCAAAAGCGAUCAGAAGCCUAUGUGCCCAAACGUGGUGGAGAAGCCUGUACCUCAUGGAUCCGGUGGGAGUGCAUCCUUUGGUGGCUCCCAGUUCACAAGGAGGCUCGUCACAGAUCCCACCUUCAAGCCCUGCCAGAUGAAGACGCACUUCCUGCUUCCCUUCCCUGUGAACUAUGUUGGCGAAUGCGUUAGAACCGCCCCUUACACAGACCUGGAUCAUGCCAGUCUUAAGAUACUUGCACGUUUGAUGACUGCUAAAUUCUUACACACGGAAAUUCGAGAAAAAGGUGGUGCUUACGGUGGAGGGGCUAAACUCAGCCGUGAUGGAAUAUUCACACUUUACUCGUACAGGGAUCCACAUUCAACAGAAACGUUGCAGUCUUUUGUGAAGGCUGCUGAAUGGGCCAAGUCAGGGAGAUUCAUGCAGCAGGACGUAGAUGAAGCAAAGCUUUCUGUGUUCUCCUCUGUAGAUGCUCCUGUGGCCCCUUCAGACAAAGGGCUGGACCACUUCCUGUACGGCCUCUCUGAUGAGAUGAAGCAGGCACACAGGGCACAGCUCUUCGCUGUCCACAGGGACAGUCUCAUCGACGUGAGCAACAAGUACCUUGGCAUUGGGAAGAGCACACACGGGUUGGCUCUGCUUGGACCAGAGAAUGUGAAAAUUGCUAAGGACCCGUCUUGGAUCAUAAGAUAACAAGGAAUUCUGUCUGCUUGGGAACACAGCUAAACCUGCAGGCAUGUGUGACUUAAAAAGUAAGCCUGAGCUGAAUUUAGUUUGAAAUGUCAGAUAAGUUUUUCCCAAAAAUCAUGAUCCUGUAUCAUUCUUAAAAUUUUGCUAAAGGUAUUGCCUGACAAGUCAAUCCAAAAGUCUUAAGUCUUCCAGAAGGAGGUAGAGUGAUUGUGAAGAAAUUGAUGUGAUCAUGAGUGAAAUGCCAGAGGUGAACAAAUGAUGAUUUUAAGACUUCAUAUGAUAUAUGAAUGUUUACUUUACCUCAUUAACCUUUGAACAUUUAAAAAACUUAAAGGGCAACUCUAAAUUAUGCUUUAGUUAUUAUUUUAAAUGACGUUUUGCUAAAGUAGCUUCAUUAACAAAUGAGUGAAACGAAUACACAAG